AUGGAUCUCAAAGCGAUCUCUGUGCUCUCCAUCAUCCUUGUCAUAGCCCUCAGCACACUGGCAGAGGGAAAGGCACCACCAUCAAGAUGCCAGUGCAAAAUGGCCCCCAGGGAGCGGAGGAACUGCGGGUACCCAGGAAUCUCAGCAGUGGAGUGCAAGAAAGUUGGGUGCUGCUUCAACGCUUCAGUCCCCGGCGUUCCCUGGUGCUUUGCCCCUAAGCCAAAGAAAGUGAAGAAAGUGUGUCCCAACGACCCUUACUCUAGGAUAAACUGCGGCUUCCCUGGCAUCACAGCUAAGGAGUGUGAGAGGAAAGGUUGCUGCUUCAGGCCACGUCCUGCUGGGGUCCCCUGGUGCUUCUACCGGCGCGUGGUGGAGGAAGCUUGUUAA